CCAUAAUCAGCAUAAUCCCCAGCAAGAACUCACCGGUUUACUGAUGACCUGUAUUCCCGUAUCCUCUGACACAUCUGAUCAAAAUGCCCCUCCGCAGCGUUUUAAGGAUUUGAGCAAGGUUCUGGCAGUUCGUUCGAGGCGCCCUAAAAAGAACGGACUUGGACAACACAACUCGACAACUACCGAACAUGAUGGAGAUGGCUCCAUCCGUGCACAAAUCACUGGCGCCUUUUCUUUUCCUUCACCGGUAGUACACUCUGAAAGCAGCAGAGACUCAAGUCUCGAAUCCACCAAUGUUCCAUUCGCUAGAUACCCUAGGGGUGUAUCCCUUACCCGCGAAGCUUCCGACAUGGCUCAGCUGGCAUUGCCCUUGAUACAGGAUAUUGCAAGUGCCAUUCCACUUGUCGGUGCUCCAAUGCAAGCGGCUAUCGGUGGAUUAUUGGCAGGCCUUCAGGCUAUAGAUAGACAUAGCCAAAAUCAGUCGGACCUCAAUAGCCUGAUUUUACGACUCGAUCGACUGAGCCGCGAAUUGUGCAAUGCCUCGCCUUCCUCGGAUCCUGCUGAACAGUCCAGAAGAGAUUCCUUUGUUAGAAUGCUGCAAGACACCUCAGUCCGAGUAACAACAUUGCGUGGGCGUUGUCUGGCGUUUAAAAAUGUCACACAAGAUAUUGCCGGAUGUUUUGUAGAAAUCGACCGCUAUCUGGCGGAGUAUUUGUGGUCGUCCCAAAUGCAAAGUCGACGUGAAGUACACGAAAUGUUUGUGAUUCUACAGAGGGAGCAGGAGGAUCGUCAGAAAUUCCUGAUGACGAUCGAAAGCCUGGUCGCCCGCGCACAGUUCUCUGUAGGACCGACUGCCACGCAAUUAAUCGGAACUGCCACACGUGGCUGUGUGACAUUAAUAGAUGCAACAGGUCACCAAUAUCCAAUACCAGUGGACUUCUGCACCUCAUUUGAGCAAUUCAAUGAUAUGCUCAAAGUUCUUUUUAAACGCAACUCGAUUGAAGCUCAAAUCCAGAGACAGUAUAUGGAGAGCGGACAGUACGAUUUGUGUAUUGACGAAGGCAUGCAAGUAAUCCGACUUACAAAUGAUGAAUGGUCAAGACUUGAAGUGGGCACGAAAGUUGUUAUGAGGGUCAUCAUUCAACAGUGGACGACAUCAUCCUCUGGAGUUUCCUACAGAUGUUCUUGUGGGACGGUGAAUCCCCUUGGCGUUGGGUCUAUCGUAUAUUCGCUUGAACAGCAGGCUGGCUCCUCGAUUGAUUGUCGAAAGUGCGGACGAAGGUUUCAGAUUUCUCGUGUAUCUUCCCGUGAAAACCGGUGCACUAGUGCUCGUUCGUCUAACAUUGACUUCGAUUGCACAACUGACGCAGGGACGGACCUUAUUCGCAAUUUUCAUGUCCAGCAAACAGAGUUCUCAUCUGUUGAUGAGGCGUUCCAGUGUCUGUGGGGGGACUGCAACCACAUAAUUUUCGGCCAUCAAAUUUCUCGUCACCUCCUUGAGUUUCACGGCGUUUGGGCUGCGGGUAUCACGCGCGUAAUUUGCUUGUGGAAUCACUGCAACAAGGAGCUGAUGAAGACGUACCUCGUGCGACAUGUGCAAACACAUCUGAUGAUUAAAUUUUCUUGCGACACCUGCCCCAAGGCAUUCUCGCGCAGAGACGUCUUUAAUCACCACAAAAUAACUUGUACGGGUCUGCAGCGGUAGAUGUAUUGCUUCGGUAUUUCGAAUCUUCGACCUAGAUUCCGGUGUGCCUGGUCUACAAAGACUUCUUACUUCAAUAGUCUUUUUUGCUCCGGCAUCACGGUGUUGAUCCAUGGUGUCUUGGUUCAGCUAGUGCUUCUAUCGAUGUUCGACGUUUCAGUCUCCCUAGCCACGAGACCACGUUCAGAGUAGCAAGAUGACUGUGAUCGCAUCAAAUUUUUGAAGUGCACGCUUGGUUUCAAUACUCUUUUGCCAGUGGUACCGCGAGCAAGUUUUGUCAUUUCUCUAGUUAUGCGUCCGAUGUGUUCAGGCGCCCUGCUAUCUACCCAUAAACGCCGACUCAGCAUUGAGACUGGAACCCGCAAUUCACCCUCGAUCAUUGACCAGUCAGUCUAACACAAAUCGGUGUAAGAGAAAUUGAA